AUGUCCGCAACCCUUCACAUGAUCAUCAUGGCACUCACUGCCACACCUGGCAGCUGCGCUAUGGAAGUGGACAAGGAUGCCGUUUCUGCCAUGCAAGAGUCCGUGGACCAGCUAGCUCUCAGCAUGUUCGAUUCCCUUCGAUUAAUCCCAUUUUCAGAGGAAGUCAAAGGGGGGGCGAGGGGGGUGGCCCCGUUGCAGCAGCAGCAGCCGGGACAACCCGAUGCAGCUCCCCUGAGGCGGGCGGUUACCACUAACGCUGCGUGGGCGGACACGGUGCAGUCCCUGGCAGAUGGGGUGCUGAAGCAAGCGAGAGCGCUGGAUGGCCUCAUCGAUGUGCUGCCGGGGGCAGAGCUGCGCGAAGACCAGCAAAUGGAGGAGAUUGCUCGUCUCGACAGAGAAGGAAAGCUCAAGAGAACCGAGCUGGCUAAGAUGGUGGAGAAGGCGGAGGCACUGAGCAAGGGGGUGAACGGUAGCCUUGACCAACUUGCCGACCACAUGCUGGGAGCCCCGCGAUAGCAGCACGCGUUGGAAGAACAUGCCUCUUGAGCGGGCCUCAGCGGUUCUCUUGCGCUGAACCUGUCGUGAGUGAUGUUGUUGAGGACCAGCUGUUAUGGAGUGGCAAUUCGUCGAUCGAAUGUGGACGGGAAUCGAUGGAGAGCGAAGACGGACGCCCGGAACAAGGGAGGCAAUGGUUGUGAGAACGUCUCGUCGCCUGCAUCAACAGCCACAUCUUCUGGCCUCAACGGGAACGAAGAAGGAUGAACACGACCAAACUAACGGCUCACGGACUUGGAUAAAAAAACUGGUCCGCAAGCAUGAACCGUUCGUCCUUUUCAUCGGACUUGACGUUGAACUGACGCGGAAGACCGAUGCAAGGAAUCGAUGAAGCGGCACAAGGCGGAGUGUGUAUAAUUAGGCUAGAAGACCUGAGACACUCAGUCAGGCGAGGGUUGGUU